CUUUAUCUCUGUCUCUCUCUCUCUCGCUCAGUCUUGCUUUAUAACACUCACACACACAUACCUACAUACACACACACUCACUCCCAGAGCUUGGAGUCACCUCCAUAUUCCUCACAUCUUAUAUCUGUUGCCUUUUUUUUCUCUUGUGCAAGAUGUUCACUGCAGAGCAGAGAGGGUUUUAUAGUGUCUGAUCCUGAAUCAGAUUUACUGGGAUUCGGCUAAAAGAUCAUCCAUUCAGGACAGCAGCACAGCAGGUGAAAUGCUGCUCUGUGUGCACUGGCUGCUGUUGCUGUGUGUGCUGCCCUGUAUUUGGGCUCAGCAGGAUUAUGAUGAAGACUAUGAUCAUGAAGAAGAAGGAGAAACAAGAAACAACAAAAACAGAGGCAAAAACAAACUCCUAACAUCCAGCAUAGUGCCAAAGAGCAACGGACAACCGCCGGUGGAUGAAGACUGCAAGGUGGAGCUGGCGUUUUUGGUGGACAGUUCAGAGAGCGCCAAAGACCACCACAAUCAGGAGAAACAGUUUGUGACUGAUGUGAUCGAACGUGCCCAGAAUAUUCGGCUCCAGACCGGCCGUGGCUUGGCAUUUAGGUCUGCCGUCCUCCAGUAUAGCAGUCAUGUGAUUCAAGAGCAGACCUUCAACCAGUGGAGGGGUAUAUCCAACUUCAAAGCCAACAUUGCGCCAAUGACCUACAUCGGGCAAGGAACCUACUUAACAUAUGCCAUCACCAACCUCACCCAACUCUACCUGAAAGAGUCAGGCCCAAGUAGCGUGAAGGUGGCCAUUGUGCUGUACGAUGGCCAGUCGCAUCCUAAAAACCCUGACAUGUUCUCUGCUGUAGCCGAUGCUAAGAACCAAGGUGUUCGCUUUUUUGCCAUUGGAAUCACACCUGCAGCCAAUGAACCCCCUAAAAAGGACCAGCUGGGGAUUCUGGACAGUUCACCAUCACGUGAUGUGCACAACCUCCAGGACAAAGGAAUCGUGGAAAAGGUCAUCAAAGAGCUGACGGCGUUGGUGGAAGAAGCAUGUCCGCUGGAUAAAAGAUGUGUGUGUGAGAAAGGAGAGAGAGGACCCACUGGCCCUGCUGGUAAAAAAGGUCGGCCUGGUGAUGAUGGAAGUCCAGGUGCAAAAGGACAGAAGGGAGAAAGCGGCCAUCAAGGACUUCCAGGUCGAGAGGGGUCAGAGGGUAAAUCUGGGUAUAAAGGAGAGAAGGGUGAGAGAGGAGAGUGUGGGAUGCCUGGAACUAAAGGAGACAGAGGUCCUGAGGGUCCAGUGGGCACUAGAGGAAGCCGAGGCUUGCAGGGUGUGCCUGGACCUAACGGAGACAUCGGCCCUGAGGGACCAUCGGGGAAGAAAGGGGAGAGAGGCCUACCUGGUCCAGCAGGAAUUCAGGGUGAAACUGGAAUUGGGAUUCCUGGACCAAAGGGUGAGAUGGGUCUUCAGGGCAGGAUGGGACCUCCCGGACCUCCUGGGCUUGGUGAACCUGGCCUUCCAGGACCUCAGGGGGCACAGGGCGUACAGGGGGAAAGAGGGCUUGCAGGAGAGGGCUUUCCUGGACCAAAGGGAGAGAGAGGCCCUGAGGGGCCAAGAGGAACAAGGGGCCCAAUAGGACUUGGCAUCAAAGGAGACAAGGGUGAUUUUGGACCUCCUGGUUUACCUGGACCAAUCGGGCUUCCUGGACUCGGCAUACAGGGCGAAAAGGGAGUGGAGGGGCCACGUGGGCCCCCUGGGAUCAGGGGUCUGCAAGGUGAAGGGUACCCAGGACCAAAGGGUGAUCAAGGGUUACCCGGAGAGUCUGGAGUGCCAGGAGAGAGAGGAGCAGGAGAACCAGGGGCGAAGGGUGAACCAGGAUCUCCUGGGUUGUCAGGGUUGCCAGGUUUACCUGGAGAAGAUGGCGCUCCAGGGCAAAAGGGGGAAGCUGGUGUUCAAGGCUUGAGAGGAUCAGACGGAGCACCUGGUGUUGGUACACAGGGUGAAAAAGGAGACCAAGGCCAGAGAGGAAUCCGUGGCUUAGCUGGACCUCCAGGAAUUGCUGGACCAUCAGGAUCAAAGGGUGAGCCAGGAGUGCCAGGGCGGCUGGGCUUACCGGGGCAACCGGGACGUUCACUACCAGGAAUAAAGGGUGACAUGGGUCCAGCAGGCCCUCCUGGCCCAGAGGGGGAAACAGGCUACGGACUACCUGGACCAAAGGGAGAUCGUGGAGACCCAGGUCCUGCUGGUCCAUUUGGGCCAAAAGGAGACGGCUAUCCUGGUCCAGCUGGUCCUCCUGGACUUCCUGGGCUUCCCGGAGAGCCUGGUCCAGAAGGUUUGGGUAUCCAAGGACCAAAGGGUGAUAUUGGGUUCAGGGGGUUGCCAGGGCCAGCAGGACCUCCAGGUGAAGGGCUACAAGGACCACAGGGUAACACAGGAAGACCAGGACCUCCAGGUGCCCCAGGACUACCAGGACAGGGAGUACAAGGACCAAAGGGUGAGCACGGAUCACAGGGCAUGGCUGGACCUAGGGGACAACCAGGAGAAGGCUUCCCAGGGCCAAAGGGUGAUCGUGGUGCUUCAGGGGAAAGAGGUAUGAAGGGGGCCAAAGGUGACCUGGGUGAUGCUGGUAAUCCAGGCCAACCAGGCAGACAGGGAACAAAAGGAGAAUCAGGACUGACGAGAGAGGACAUCAUCCGAAUGAUAAAAGAGAUCUGUGGCUGUGGAAUCAAAUGUAAAGAGCGUCCCAUGGAGCUUGUGUUUGUGAUCGACAGCUCGGAAAGUGUUGGCCCGGAGAAUUUUGAGAUUAUAAAGGAUUUUGUGACGGCGCUGGUGGACAGGGUGACGGUGGGCCGCAAUGCCACACGGAUUGGACUCGUGCUCUACAGCCUGGAGGCCAGAGUGGAGUUUAACCUGGCCCGGUACACGAACAAACAGGACGUCAAACAGGCCGUUCGGAAAAUGUCUUAUAUGGGUGAAGGUACAUACACAGGCACUGCCAUCCGAAAGGCUACACAGGAAGCUUUCUACAGUGCCCGGUCAGGGGUCAGCAAGGUGGUCAUAGUUAUUACAGACGGACAGACGGAUAAACGGGAUCCGGUGGUGCUGGAAAUUGCAGUGAGAGAAGCCCAUGCAGCCAACAUUGAGAUGUACGCUUUGGGAAUUGUUAACACCAGUGAUCCAACACAAGCAGAGUUCCUCAAAGAGCUGAAUCUUAUUGCCUCUCAGCCGGACAGUGAGCACACGUACCUGAUAGAUGACUUCAACACCCUGCCAGCUUUGGAAUCUAAACUGGUCAGUCAGUUCUGUGAGGACGAGAACGGAGCUUUGAUCUUUAACCGCAUUAAUGGUAAUGGAUACGGUAACGGUAACGGCAAUUACCCAAAUGGAUUUGGUUACAAUGGCAACCGUAUUAACGGUGCACACACUUAUGGACUCAUAAACAGUGGAACUCAGACUGGAACACACAGUGGAACUCAUACUGGAGUACAUAGUGGAACUCAUACUGGAACACACAGUGGAACUCAUACUGGGACACACAGUGGAACUCAUACUGGGACACAAAGUGGAACUCAUACUGGAACACAAAGUGGAACUCAUACUGGAACACACACAGGAACUUAUACACACUCAACACAUACUGGCAGGGGAGACAGUCUGCCUGCGCCAGUCACUCCAGACGUCACCCGAGGGCCAGACACCACACACACAUACACACGCACCACUCCAGAGCGCAGUGGCAGUGUAGAGAUCCUACCAGACAACAGAACAUCUUCACACAGCAGACCAUCUUCAGCAGGAUCCACAUCAUCAUCAUCCUCAUCAUCAUCUUCAUCAUCAUCAUCAUCAUCAACUGUGAUAACAUCCUCUGGUUCAGUGCAGUACAUCCCUGCCCCUCGACCACCUCUACCAAAAGAAAUCGUACCCCUGGACCCUCGCUGUGAGCUGACCCUAGACCAGGGUCCAUGCCGUGAAUAUAAUAUCCGCUGGUAUUACGACAAGCAGGCCAACGCCUGCGCCCAGUUCUGGUACGGAGGCUGUGAUGGAAACCGGAACCGCUUUGAUACAGAGGAAGAGUGUAAAAAGACCUGUGUGGUCUCACAAGCAGGAGGAUGAUGAACACAGAAGAUCUUUGUGAUAGAAGAUUGACUGUUGUUGGAUUAGUAUCUGUAAUACCUCAACGAUCGAGCUCACUGAGAAAUGUGCACAUAAUUGCUGAAAUACUGUAUGUUGAGUAUUUCAUUGUACUGCAUCAGUGACUUGCUGUGUAAAUACUUAAUUUUCUUUAUUAGCCAAUUUCAAUUCAAGUAUAUUUUAGCUCCAGUUGUAUUUGUUUUCCUGUUCCUAUUCAUUUCUAGUCCUUUUUUAGUGAUGUAUUCCACAACCCACUUGAAACAGUGAGACAGUGAAUGUCAGAAGAGUUAUUAAAAACCUGCUUCUUAUUUGGGAAUUGUUUAAUUUAUGGGGACAAUGGUGUCCUUCAUUGUCUUUAUAAUUGUGUCCUAAUAGAAAGCAGCAAAAGCCUAAUUUAAGAGCACAGAGUCAAGUGAAGGGUUCAUCCUCACAUAUUCAAUCCGCCCAGAUCUCAGAUGCUAUGGAUUGACUUGAAGAGAGAUGUACUUCUAAAGCAUCCAAGGGAUAUGAGAGAGCUAAAGCAGUUCUGCAGGAAUAAUGGGCAAAAAUUUAACGAAGUGCAGAUCUGAUCCACAGCUACAGAAAGUGCCUGGUUGAGGUUAUUCCUGCAAUUUUUCCACCACCACUUUUAGUGUUGAAUGAGUCAUCAAAGACCUGCAACAUCAUAUAUAUAUAUAUAUAUAUAUAUAUAUAUAUAUAUAUAUAUAUAUAUAUAUAUAUAUAUAUAUAUAUAUAUAUAUUAUUUUAUUUUAGCACAUUAUAUCUGUCAAUAUCCUUAACUUGAAUGAUCAGUCCACAUUUUAUGAAAAAUGUAUGCAUAAACACAUGAAACUGCAAAGGAUUCACAUACAUAUUUUACUUUCCACUGUAUAUGGUUGGAUAUCCCCCCAAUCUGCUUAUUUUCAGAGCUUGAGCCCUCCCCGCACCAACCCUCUGACUCUUUAAUGCAGUUAAAUUAGUUUUACACAUCAGAAACAUCAUAUUUCCAUAUUAUGUCCUCAUUUGGAGAUACUGCUGUAUGCAAUAUUAGACUUAACUUUUGUACUGAUCCAACCCUACAGUGCCUCUGUGUUUAGAACCAGGCCACUGACGAAGGGCUAAAGGACUAGUGCAAUCCAUCAACAGAUAGGUUUGCUACAGUCUCUAAAUGUACAUCAGGAUAUAAACUGAACACUGAUUGUUUGACGGGUGCAUUAUGUAUUUAAGGCCAUUACCUGAUUUGUUGUGAACAGUUGCUAUUGUAUAAUGAACACUGUCAAUACUGCAAUUUUAUGUUUUUGAUGUUAGGACAUCCUUUGAUAUUUCUUUAUAGGUUUUGUAUCAUUUUGUGUGUUGUAAUCCAAGUUUAAUAUAGCAUACUUUUUUAUAAAAUAAAAAAUGUUACUGAAAAA